AUGGACAAUUUCCUGGCGUUUGCACUACUACUUUCUGUGUUUACAUUAUCAGGUAAUAUGAAAGCUUGCGACUGACUAUGUAAAUUCCAUGAAAGGGAUCAUGCGAAGGAAUGCAGAGAUAUGUGUUUGUUAACUAGCUGAAAUAUAGGAACUACUUUUCACCCAAUACUAGCAAAAAGACUUUUCAUAGUCGUAAGAAUCCUCAAAAUCCUGUGGUAUCACCGAAAAAAAUAUACUUUGAAACAAUUCUAGGAAACUAGACGGUAUUCAAUGUAAUAUUCGUUCCUCUUUCUCGAUCGUUUAACCGCAAAAAAGUUGUUUGUGUGUGUUAACGUCAAAAACGCUGCUUAAUUUUUAGGACACUACACACAGUUGUUAAAAAUAGCAAUCGGUUAAUUUUUCAAGUAAAAAAGAGUCCGCUAUAAACAUUUCAGACAAAUAGACAACUAUGGUUUAAUACACCUACUCUCUUGAGACUUUUUAGCAUAGAGAGUUCAGUGUUGAUUAUGCACUUUCGAAGUUUUUUCAUGCAUGAGAGAUGGUCAAUAAAAUGACACUCAAUAAUAGAAAAUAAUACCCACAACAUUUCUUUCAAAUCUGUUUUAGCUUUUCUCAGAAACGUUUGAGGACAUUUAAAAGAAUGUAAGGUUUAGAUAAUGACGGAAUUUAAAGUUGCAUUUCGGCGUUCAAGGCAUGAUCAGUCAAUCAAUAUUGGUUUGUUAUUGUUCAUGCAGCAAUAAUCAAUUACUCAACGCUUGCAGAGGUUGUGUUAAUAUGUCAUGACAAGACCUGGAUAUAUAGAAAAUGUAAUCAAAGAAACGUCGAACGUGGAAAUCAGUUAUGAAAUUUAAAUUAUAACUAUCAAAACUGAAUGUAUCGUUGCCCAUUACCGCGACCAGGACAAGUGACGGAUAAAGCACAUUUUAACUUAACUUACAUGGUUCCUCACAGAGUAUUUAAAAGAGAUCCCGAGUUAAAGCUAUUUUUGUUUUAUGUAAAAAGCACAGGUCAGUUUAUUUAAAAAUCUCGAUAUUGUCGUUGUUUUCAUAAAUUCCCAGUACGUACAUUAAGUAGUACAUAGAAAUAACAGUUAGUCGGAAGACACUACCGUUAGAAUUUGACCCGGCAAAUUUUACGUUUUUUGAGUUCUUAUACGAAUCUACAGAAUCGUAUAUGUAGCAUCCCUAAGAAGACCCACUAUUCCAAUUUCAAUUUUUUAAUUAUCCAAACGUUAUACUAAUAUUAAAAACGCUUUCUUGGGUGUAUGCCCCCUUUAGUCAUGGGAGAGAGAAGAUUCUUAUCUAACACUUCUGAGCAAUUCAAGCUCUUGACCUAAAAUACAUAUUGUUAAAACCCUUAACAAAGCCCGUUUCUCCCCGAGAAUCGCGAUUCCACAAACUUUGAACAUUGUGCAUAAAAUAAUCCUAGAAUAAGAGGGGAGAACUGACAUAGCAUCAACUGACUCAUGUUGAGGAGUAGGAAAUAAACACACUAAUUCUUUAGUGCUUAGAGUAUUGUUACUACGAGGUAUACCGUAAAAUUCCGAAAAUAAGCCCCGGGGUUUAUAUUUUUCAAAGGCCCUUUUUGAGGGGCUUAUAUUCGGAGGGGCGUAUCUACGGAGAGAAAUUUGCGUUUCAAAAUUUAUUGGGCUAACCUUAUAGUUGGAAGUAAAUUUUCCUUUUUUGCUUGUUUUACUUUGUAUUUGAGGGCAAUUUUCCACGUACAAGCCCCCGGGGGGCUUAUAUUUGGAGGGGCGAUUUAACGGAGGGUUUUUCGCGUUGCCGGUUUGGGGGGCUCAUACAUGGAGGGGCUUAUUUUCGGAAUUUUACGGUAAUUCAAGUAAACUUGGGAGUGAAACUGAGUAUCUUUAUUCUAAAACAGAUUCGUUCAAAUGGAGUGUACAGCCACCAACCGAAGUACGCAGAGGAUCUCCCGCCAUACUAGAAUGGACGGUGUCAUUAAAUAGAGAAGAAACUGAAAAAGCGAAUCUAUUUUCCUUAAUAGUCUUGGAACGCGAAAUGUUCCUUUACAGCAAUCGAUGGCAGAUUAUGGCAGUUAAGGUGUUUUCUGGUGGAGCUUUCCAGGAAGUUGGCAAUAAAGAUACUUUCAAUAUCAUCCCUGGAAGUGACAUGAAACUCAAAUUGAACAAUGUCACAGACACCGAUGGCACUCGGUUUCGCUGUACAUUUCUCAGCUCCUUUGCAGCUCCAAAGAGUAUAAUUCAAGUCGAUAUAAAAGGUAGGGAAUUUUGUGGUUAACGAAUUACAAAUCUGGUUAUCUACUACAAGCAACCACUUUAUCCUAGAUAUUAAACAUUUUUUACUUUCAUUUUAAAACUCACUUUCUUUCUUUAUUUCAUAUAAAUGAUUAAUUGGGUAUUUAACAUUGUGCGAUUUGAAAUAAAACUCCGAGAUGCAGGAAUUAAUUCCAUAACUUAUUAAUUAAAACAAAACAGAGCCAGACAAAGCUCAUGAUUGUCUAAAUUAUUUUUUCCUUCUUUUUGUAGCUCCCCCACCCCCAAAAAAUCACAAACGAAUUAAAACAUGCGUGGCUUGUCUUUGCCUUUUUCAUAUUAACUCAACGAGGUCUUUACAUUAUACUUGUGUGCGGACCCCAUAAGUACUCCACCGUUAAACCGAUAGUUCACCUAAACAAAAAACAUAUAAUAAAAGUAAUCUUAAUGAUUUUAACUAGUGUAGAAAUGAUUUUUUCGUCUUCUCUUUAGAUCUUCCCAUAGCAGUGCGUCUUGUCGGUGGCACAACUCCUAACAAAGGUCGAGUAGAAGUAUACCGCUAUGGUUAUUGGGGUAGCAUAUGUCGUGAUGGUUGGAAUCUCCCGGAUGCAUCGGUUGUCUGUCGAAUGUUAGGCUACUCCGGAGCGUGGUCUGCCACCUGUUGCUCUGAAUACCAAGGUGGGACUGGCCCAGUUUGGUUGAGUGGACUUAACUGUAAUGGACGAGAGGAGUCCUUGUCAGAAUGUAGCCACAGAGGAUGGGGUGUAACUAAUUGCGACCACACCAAAGAUGCGGAAAUAAUAUGUCACAGUCCGCCGACUGAUAAACCUUUACCGCAUUAUAGUAAAGAAACAACGAUAUCUCCAAGUUCUUCUUAUGUGGUCUCAUCAAGCUCAGUUGCUUCCACUACACCGGCUGGUAAGUUUACACAAAGAAGAUAAUUGUUUGGACUUUGUCACCUGCACAAUAAAAGGGUUCGCGGAUUCGAUUCCCGGGGCAGGACCAAUACUCAGGGUCUAAUUACUGAGAAAUGAAGGUGUUGCGGCCUUUGCCCGGCAAACGGCUAGACCUUCGCGUGGCUCGAAUGUCCACGCAAAAUGGCGGUCCCGUUUCCAGUAGGAGACGUAAAAUAAUGUCCCGAAUUAGUACUUUCGUACUGAAUACAUUGACACUGAAAUAAUGUGAAUUUUUUGUGUCAAUCGCUGAAAAUACUGAAACAGCUUUAAAAAUCCAAGCGAUAGGUCGCACGAAUGACAUUCCCUCAGUUACCCGGUAUAACUUACCAGAUAGAUUACCUAUAAGUAAAUACAAACCAUGGUCAUACAAACUUGGUUCGUAUAUGACAAACAUACUGCUAAGGUUAAAAUUUUGACACCGAUUCUGUUUAAUCAUGGAUGUAUGGAUGGAUUUAGUGGGAAAGCUCUAUGGGAAAGUGACUUUCUUUCAGACUUUGCUUUGGAUAUACGCAGGUUAUAAAUGAUUUCCUGUGAUAUUUAGAUUAUUUCUAGCUAUUUCUUAUUUACCUUUUUACAUAAAUCACUCCUCUUUUCAUAAAAUAUGACACUUUUUAUUCGAUUCUUGCGACAGGAAAGUGCUGUGUAUCUCUGGGAACAAAUAAUGAAAAAUACUGACGUGAUAUACUAAAGCCUACUGUUUAGGCUUUUCAAAAACCGUCAAUGGCUAAUGCUUUAAAAGCAUCAAACAGAUUCUUUUACCCACUCACAAAUAUCGUAUUCAACAGACCCAUUUUACGCUUAUAUUUGAGGGUUUAUUGCUAUUUUUGCAUUCAAAAGUUAUGUUUUAAUUUCUAA